AUGUUGUAUGUGCUAGUGGAGGCGCAAUUGGAUGUGGUGUUCUCAGACAGCGACAGUGUGUUCAAGAGCGACCCCUUCUUGCCGUCACUCUCGCUUGGAAGCAUGAUGCGCUCGGGGAAGUACGACAUGAUCUACGGACGCAAAGUCAAGCCACCAGGAGUCAAGAAAGAUGAGUACCAUCAAGAGCCAAUCAAGGGCAAUACGGGUUUCUACUAUGUGUCAGGCGGGAGGAAGCCACGAAUCAUGCAGCACAUGUUCAACGUCAGCAUUCAUUGGUGCGACAAUAGGCCCGGCCUGGAUGACCAAGAGAAUUUCUGGGAUGCACUUGUGGUGGAGCGGAAGCGGAAGCCGAAAGACAAGGGGUUUUUCGCGUGUUUCCACCAUUGCGACAGCAGCCAGUGCAGCGGCAUCGAAGCGGAGAAGGUCUUUGAUUACUGUGACAUGAACCCGUGGGAGUACAUCGAUGGAGCCGUCGAUCCCAGACUUGGGUUGCAGGAACCGUAUCACAUGGUGUCCUAUCAUGCCACAUGGGUUAUUGGGAAGGAAGCCAAGCAAAAAAAGCUAAAGGGUGCGGGUCUUUGGAACCCUGUGUGUGGGAAAACGUGA